UUGACUCAAAAAAGCGCAAUGACAACCCCACGCCCACGCAAAACCCUCAAAACCCCCAAAACACAGUGAAGUCAGAACCCACAAAAAUCACCAGAAAUACUUUCACAAAACAAAAUCGAAACAAAAACAAAGAAACAAUCUAUUAUUUUUUAGUAUUUUUAUUUUUUUUCUCACAAGUUCACAAGAUUUGCCAUAAACAACCCUAAAACCUAGUCCUUGGAUUCUGUGUAACAGCAGAGAGACGAAAAUGAAAGCAUCAGGAGACGAUGGACCUCCGAACAGAGAGCUAUACGCUCUGCUACACGUAUCCACUGAAGCCUCCGACGAAGAAAUCCGAAAGGCUUAUCGCCAAUGGGCCCAAAUCUAUCAUCCUGACAAAUACCAAGCUCCCGAGAUGCAGGAAAUUGCUACAGAAAACUUUCAACGGAUAUGUGAAGCCUAUGAAAUUUUAUCUGAUGAGAAAAAAAGGCUGAUAUAUGACAUUUAUGGGAUGGAAGGUUUGACUUCAGGUUUGGAACUUGGUCCUAAACUGAAUAAAGCUGAGGAGAUUAAGGAAGAACUAGAAAGAUUACGUCGUAGGAAGGAACAAGAAAAGGUCUCAGCUCAUGUCCAACCUUCUGGUUCAAUUCUGGCUAAUUUGUCUUUCCCGCAGUUUCUAAACGGUGGUGGCAUCAUGAGAGGAAUGGCAAUGUCAAGUGAAGUCCAGUCUGAAAUAUCCAAGCAGAAUGCUAUUGUUAUUGGUGGAAAUCUGGUAGUUAAUGAUAAUUCUGGUGGUGGUGCUGCUACUGCUGUGCUUAGGCACCAGAUGUCAUCAGUUUCCUCCAUAGAAUUCAUGGCAUCUGCUGGUUUACGUGCAUUGGUUGGUGUGCAAACAUCUCGCCACCUAUCUCUGCACUCCACUGCAACAACAGGUGUUGCCGUUUCUUUACGAGAUGGUUCGAUUAAUCUUUCCAAUUCCUGGACUCGCCAACUCUCUGAGACAUCGAGUGGAAAUAUACAGCUUGCUUUAGGUCCAGAGUCAUCUAUAGCUGUUGGAUGGCAGAAGAAAGAAGAGAAAAUGUCUGCUGCUGGAGAGAUUAAGUUUGGCACAAGUUCAUUUGGAGCAUCAGCUCAUUAUACUCAUCACUUCUCUGCAAAGUCUCAUGGGCUUAUUGCAGGCAGUGUUGGAAGCACUACUCUUGAGAUUGAAGUUGGAGGUGGAAGGAAAAUAUCUCAGUUCAGCACUGUCCGCAUGUUGUACUCAGUAGGAAUUCAGGGUAUUUUUUGGAGAUUUGAACUACAUCGUGGGGGCCAAAAAUUAAUCGUUCCUAUACUGCUUUCCAGGCAUUUGAAUGCUGUGAUUGCAACUGGAGCACUUGUUAUUCCAGCAUCAAUUUACUUUCCACUCAAGACAUUCAUUGUAAAACCUUAUUCCCUUAAAUGGGAAAAGCAUGAAGUGUUGGAUAAUAUGAAGAGGACUGCAGCUCAGGUUAGGGAGGCAAGGGCUGCAGCUGAGAAAGCUCAGCAGUUGUUACAAAAUGUGGCCAAUAGGAAAAAGAGCAGGCAACUAGAAACGGGUGGACUGGUAAUUGCAAAAGCAGUUUAUGGAAGUCAAAAUGCUUUGAAGAAAAAAGAUGAAGUGGGAGAAACAAAAGAUGAAUUAGCUUCACAAGUCAUAGAUGUCACUUUACCUCUAAAUUUCCUGGUCAAUGAUUCUGGGCAGCUUAAGCUCCAUGAGGGUGUGAAGAAGUCAGGUAUUAUGGGCUUCUGUGAUCCUUGUCCUGGAGAACCUAAGCAGUUGCGUGUGGAAUACACUUGUCAUGGAGAGAUAUAUGAUGUGGUGGUUGAUGAUUAUGAAGAAUUGUUAAUACCCCAGGCAGCGCACAAAAUCUGAAUUCCAUACAAGAUUCUGAACAUAGAACUUUGAUUGCCUCGUUCAAUUUUGCAUGUUUCACCAUGCCUCUUGAGUGUGGGUACUUGUAUCAAGCCCAAUAUGUAGCAAGCCCUACAGGUGCCACAUCACCAAAACCCCACCCACGUGGCAGACCAAUAAGGCACCACAUGGCAUGUCAUAUAUUUGAUACAUGGCGAGUCCUACGGGCGCCAUGUGCUAAGGUGCAGUCUUAAUCAGUGACAGAGGGAAGAUUGCUGGAGCUUUCAAAAUGUUGAGGCUGUGUUCAGAAGGGUCUGAAUUUGAAUUGAUUUAAUACAUGCAUUCUUUUGAUUCAGAACUUUAAAGAUGGCUGGGCACUAAUGUAACCUCAUGGCCCAACGAAGCCCUGUUCACAUUAACUCGAUCAAGUAUAGGAAAGAUUGGAUUUCAGAUAGGAGCAAAGGAUUAUAUAUAGGUGAAGAACACACAUGGCAAUCUCAAAAAAGAAACAAGGAUAGCAGUAUUAUGGAAUUGAUGUGUUGAAUUGUUUGUUGGUGGAAUUGAUAUAUUCACAUUGAUAUUCAAUUGUCCAUAGAUUUCAUCAAUCAUGCUUUUACAUGAUACUUUAUUGGAAUAAUGGACAGUUAUUUUUAUUGUUUGACA